AUGGCUGACAUGCCCGUCAAGCGCGUCGCUGUCAUCGGCGCUGGGCCCGCCGGGGCAAUUACGGUCGAUGCGCUGGCGCAGGAGCAGGCGUUUGACGUGAUCCGGGUAUUCGAGCGGCGUGAAGCGCCAGGCGGGAUCGACGAGGACGGGGAACCGACGCCCCUGUCAGACUUUGACAGCCUGGCGGCGCGCACGGCCGACCCGCCGCGAGCCGUGCCCUCCGAGCUCCCGGCGCGCGCACCACCGGCCGGCCCGGCAGCCCACUCCGAGUCGUCCAUCUACCCGUACCUCGAGACGAACGUGCACGGGCUCACGAUGGAGUUUACGCAGGAGCCGUUCCCGACCGAGUACAGCGCGUGGUCCGCCCGCAUGCACGGCGAGGACACGCCGUUCCGCCCGUGGCGCGUGGUGCGCGGCUAUGUUGUCAGCCUGUUCGACCGGAAGGGGUACGCUGACCUCGUGUCGUACAACACCACCGUGGAGCGCGUGGAGAAGAUUGGCGACCAGUGGAAGAUCACACUGCGGAGGCCGGAGGGUGAUGGCGACUACUGGUGGGCCGAGUGGUUCGACGCCGUCGUCGUCGCUGCUGGCCACUUCUGGGUCCCGUGGAUCCCCAAGAUUGACGGCUUGGAGGAGUUGGAACAGGACCAGCCGCGCAGCGUCAUUCACAGCAAGCACUAUCGUGGGCGGGAGGGGUACAGGGGAAAGCGCGUGGUCGUCGUCGGUGCGUCCGUAUCAGCAGCCGACAUCGCCGUCGACCUCACGCAAACCGCGGGAGAGGUGCACUCCAUCAACGUCGGGCGCAACUAUAACCGCUACUUUGGCAGCAUAGCGGUCGAACACCCAAAGAUCCACAACCACCCGACCAUCAGCCAUAUCAGCGGACGCACCGCGCACCUGGUGGACGGGACGCAUAUCGACAAUGUCGACCACAUCAUCUUCGGCACGGGGUACAGCAGCAGCCAGCCGUUCCUGCCGCAGGUGACGGUGCGCAACAACCGCGUGAUCGAGCUGUACCAGCACGUAGUGUGGCAGCGCGACCCGACGCUGCUGUUCGUCGGCAAGGUCGGUGCGGGGCUCACGUUCAAGAUCUACGAGUGGCAGGCGGUGUAUGCCGCGCGUCUGCUAGCUGGGAGGGGUACGCUCCCGCCCGUCGAGGAGCAGCGCGCGUGGGAGGUGGCCCGGAUUGCAACGCACGGCGACGGCACGCGCUUCAUGGCCGUCGUCCCCGACUUUGAGGAGUACUUUGAGACGGUGCGCAAGCUCGCCGGCGACGGCGCGCCUGGCGUCGGGCGCAAGCUGCCCAAGUUCCGCCCCGAGUGGACCGACGCGUUCGAGGAGGGCCACCAGAGGAGGAAGGCCAUGUGGGCGAGGGUCAACGCCGAGGCGCGGGCAGAGGCGAGCGCGGCAUCGCGGGGGAAGGCUAAGGCUGAGUCAAAGGCCGACUCCGCUCCGUCCGAAGGGAAGCGGACGUUGUAG